AUGUCGGACGGCACCAUUUUGAAGGCCGAGAAGGACUUCACCAAGGAUGCGGAUAAGCUGAUCCCGGAGGCAGAGGCUCUGGCAGAGACCGAUGUCCAGGGUGCCAUAGAUAAGCUAUUGGCGCUGGAAAAGCAAACACGACAGGCCUCCGAUCUGGCCACGACCUCGCGACUCUUGAUUGCCAUCGUCACCAUCAGCAAGAAAUCCGGCGAUUGGAAUCUCCUCAACGAUCAAGUGCUGCUCCUCUCCAAGAAACAUGCUCAACUCAAGCAGGCAACAACGAAGAUGGUGCAGGCGGUGAUGGGAUUCCUGGAUGAGACGCCGAACAUAGACGUGAAGUUGACUGUGAUCGAGACCCUGCGGACUGUGACGGAGGGGAAGAUCUUUGUCGAGGUAGAGCGAGCCCGCGUCACACGCAUCCUUUCGAAUAUCAAAAAGACUCAAGGCGACCUCAACUCAGCGGCAGACAUCCUGUGUGAGUUGCAGGUGGAGACUUUCGGGUCGAUGUCGAGGCGGGAGAAGACAGAGUUCAUCCUGGAGCAAGUCGCUUUGUGCAUCGAGCGUGGGGAUUGGACGCAGGCCCAGAUUCUCAGCCGCAAGAUCAACAAGCGGUAUUUCUCCCGUAAACAGAAGAAGACCCCCGAGCAGAUUGAGAAGCUCAAGAAGGAGGCGGAGGAGCGAGAGAAGACUCGCGGACCGGACGAACCGCCCAUGGAGGUGGAUGACGACGUCACGGAUCUCAAGCUCCGCUACUACGACCAACAGAUUACUCUGGCCAACCAUGACUACAAGUACCUCGAGGUCUGCAAGAACUACCGAGAAGUUCUGGACACGGAGGCGGUCGAGAACAACCCCGAGCAGCUGCGUGCGGCUUUGGCCCGCAUCGUGUAUUAUAUCGUGCUGUCUCCGUACGACAACGAACAGUCAGACCUCCUGCACCGGAUCCAGCAAGACUCGCGCCUUUCCCAGGUACCCAUGGAAGCGCGACUGGUGAAGCUGUUCACCGUCCCCGAACUGAUGCGCUGGCCCAUGGUUGCAGAGCAGUUCGGUCCGCACCUGUGCGGCACGGACGUUUUCGAUGCUGAAGCGAAGCAGUCCACCGAGAAUGACGCGCAUCGGAGAUGGCAGGAUCUGCGGAAGCGCGUGAUUGAACAUAACGUCCGCGUAGUGGCCAAAUACUACACCCGCAUCCAGAUGGGCCGGUUGACCCAACUGCUGGACCUGACCGAAGAGGAGACGGAGAAGUACAUCAGCGACCUGGUGACCUCGAAGACCAUCUACGCGAAGAUCGACCGGCCUGCGCGGCUAGUCAACUUUGCCAAACCGCGCGAUGCGGACGAUGUUCUGAACGAGUGGAGCAGUGACAUGAAGAGCCUGCUGGGUCUUCUGGAGCGGAUUGAUCAUUUGAUCACCAAGGAGGAGAUGAUGGCUCGCAUCCUGCCGACUCGUGAGAAGACCAAGGCCCGUUGA